AUGGCUCGACGUACUGCAAUCGUCAAUCGAGGUCCCAGCAACGGCCAUGUAGCUCCGCAAUCCACGCUCGCCGCUCAGAUUGUCCAGAAUCAGACUCGUCCCGCCACUAGCCACCAGGCCUCAGACAAAACACCCAAUAUCCGAGAGCAWUUGCAGGCCAUCCUCUACAACCAAGCCACGGUCCAAGAGACAGAUGUCAAAGUCAACGCGCAGCUGGUCAGUGUGUUAAUGCAAGCUGGACUGGUCCCUCUCACCACAGGAAAUCCUUUCGCAGAUGAUGAUGUCCUUCUUUCGCUGGCCGUGGAUAGCAUGUCCGUCAUUGAGGCCACGGUGAAACGUCAGCCGGAGGUCUUGCUGGAGGAGCUCACAUCAGAUGGACCGCAACUACUGCUCAGCCUGCUCAGUCUGCUCAUAGCUUUCUGCGGCAAAUCCAAGUGCGAGAAUUUACCAGUGAGAAGAGUGCUCGAGUCUGCUGUUUCGGCCCUCCGCAAUUCCGUCAACUUCUGGCCACAGGCUCGAGUCUUGCAAGAAGUUCUUCAGGAAUGCGUUGAUGACCUUCUUUUUGCUCUCGAGGAUCUGCCAUUCCCUCACGCAGCUUUCACCAUCGAUUUGCCUCCUGCGAGGAGCGUCGGCAAGCUUUGGCCUCAAUCGGAGAACUCCAUUGCCAUGCCUCGGGGCCACACCAUUGCUGUCAGCAAAACGCCUCAUGCCUUUGCCAUUGCUUUGAUCAUUUCUCAGGUGGGAGGACUGAACAAGACAUGGCAGCAAGAAGCGUACAUCCGAUUGCAGCGGCAAGCAGUAAAAUCGAAAUCAUCCCUCGAAGAUGCAGAUUUGUGGGAGUCUUCAGUCGAGCAAAUGCUUUUUCUACCACGCAGCUGGUCGCUUUUGGCGGCCUUACUGCGAGAUGCCGCUCUCGCAAAACCCUCAAACUCGCAGAAACUGCUAGACAAGCGCCGGACAUCACAUAGGCUCCUGGCCCGCUCACUUAUGGACCACCUCAGACAUGACAGUGACAAUUCAAGRGAUGUGCUAAUGCCAGCGAUACGAUGCCUCGGCACUGCUGAGCUUUGGCCAGCUCUUGAUGAGGAUCUCAAGAUCGCCAUCGCGACUUGGUAUACUCGGUUUGGACAUCAAGAUCAUCCGCCGGAGCACGUCACUGCGCUGCGUCGUGACCUCGAACAGAACAGCGCCAUGACGGACAGCGAUCUCGCCAUGGCGUUUCAGGAAUUGAGUUCAUGUGAGGUGCACCCGUCACGACCACAACGCCGAAAGCGUCGGAAAGUCAUCACAGAAGAUCCAAUGUCCCGCCGCCACGCCCUGUUUCGGAAAACAGCUUCGCYCUUGAUUGGUGUGGAAGAUGCUGACAUUUCAGCAAUGCCAGAAGUUGCUCCUUCCAUCUACGCAUCGCUUUCCAAUGAAGAUCAGUGUGCCGCGUGGAAGUGUUUGAUCGAGUUGGCUGUUCAUGACUUUGAGACAACCCAAGCGACGGUUUCGAGGUUGCUGGAAGUGUCGGACUUGCGCAAUACCCCAGGGCCGCGAGUGCUAUCUGCUAUUGCUGUCAAGGCUCUGGUACAGCGGACGGAUGACGCAGCGUAUACGUCUUUAAGCUCUUCCCAGUUCGGCGGAUACUGUAUGAUGGGACUCAACAGUUCCCUACGGGAGUUGAGAAUUGCCUCGGGCAAUCUACUCCCAUGCUUUCUUCGCGAUGAUCUCCCAGAUAACACCAGAGAUGAAAAUCGCAAGCGCGCAAUGACACGCCUCCGCGAGCUUUCCGAUCGAGACGUUGCGAGCGAGCAAGAGACUUUGAUUGCUGCAUGGGGUCAGGCUGCGAUCGCUUCCAGUCCCACGGAAAUGAACCUUACUCUUCUUCGUCUGGUGGAUUACUUGGGCCACCCCAAUCCUCUCGUUGUGGGCUACGCUUUCUCUGAAAUCGAAGCCAUUGCAAUCGCCAAAGCGAAGCGGACAGUGGAGCUCUUUCAACCUUUCUGGCGUUCAGUCGCAGUUUCGGUCGUCCAGGAUCUCAGCGUCAAGCCGCAAAAGACGCAGCAACUAUGCGAUCUUCUGGGAAUGGGAGUCAACGCAUUCCUUGUGCAUACCCAGCGAGAGACAUUACCAACGCUCGUUCUCACCAAGAAAAAGGACAUCGUUCACAGAAUCGCUGCAGCGCGGACAAAUGGUAGUAGCGCCAAAGAUAUAUGCAUGCAGCCACGAAGCAAUCUGGCUUCCAUCCUCACAUUGCUGCUUGUCCAACCUUGGGCGGACCCAGAGCAGUCUGCGCUAGCAUGUCUAGCUGAAAUUGCACCCGAGUUUCAAAACACCGACAUGGCUGGUCUUGUGAAGCUGGACUCUGUGCUAGUCGCUUGUGAGAUGUUGAAGUAUUGCGGCGAGGAACACGAGAGCAGAAAGCCCAUGGCGUACCAAGCAUUUCAAUUAGUGGCUAGUAUCUCCGAGCGCACACCUGGACAGAGGCGGAAGAGCUCCAAGAAGGAACUAGAGGCUUUUCUUGAGAACCACCUUCUCGGCAUCCUUACACACUUCUCCACAAUGCUUGAGAUCGGCCUUGCUCCCGAGCCUACUUCCGAACGCAUACGCUGUCUCAACGGCAUGAUCGAGAUGUUCAACCUCACCAAAGGCCACGUAUCUGCUGCGCUUCCCCAGAUUAGAGCCUGUUUACAGUCCGCUCUUGAGCAGGAUGACACCCGAGAGGUCGCAUUUGAUGCGUGGCUUGCUUUGAUUCCUGUCCUCGAUGAGGAGGAUGUCGCAACCAUCGUGGAUGAGACAUUCGUCAUAAUCGUACGACACUGGUCAGCCAUCUCCCCUGCUCUCCACCAGAAGACGCACGAAAUGCUAGGCCGACUGGUGAAAGCACACAACGCGAUACUGCAGGAGAACAUCAUGACAUUGCCAUCACUCAAUGGCGUGCCGCUGUUGUCAAAGUUUGCGGCUGAGUUCGAGCGAUUGAGAACUUCGGAGAGUGUUGAGAGUCAGUCGAGAUCUUUUGCUCGACGUCUCCGAGUGGAUGGCGAUACACUGGUCUUCCAGACUUUGACUGAACUCGUCAUCUUUCUCGAGACGAACCAGGACUUCAUCCACGAUACAGCUGCAAGCGAGCAUCCUUCCAUUGUCGUGUCUGAGCUUGUCUGUGCUUUGUUGGAUGUCACUGUCCGCAACACUGCGCCCGCAGCAGCUGAACUUUGCGGAAGAGCCCUGGGCAUCAUUGGCUGUCUUGAUCCCAAUCGCGUCGAAGCCACCAGGAAGAAGAGAUCGCUGCUCGUAUUGUCAAACUUCGAAGCACCGGAAGAAGUCAUAGAUUGGAUCGUGUCCCUUUUCGAAGACGUCCUUGUCAAAGCAUUCAAGUCGGUCACCAAUGCCCGACAGCAAGGCUUCCUGGCAUACACGAUGCAAGAACUGCUAAAAUUUUGUAAGUUUGGCGAUGCCACCAACUUACGGCCGCGAGGCUCUCAGGCACCCGAGUCGCUUCAGCGAUGGAAUUCCUUACCAGAUCAUGUCCGUGCGACAUUGACGCCUCUUUUGACCUCUCGCUAUCUCAUAACAAGCAACAGCGAACUUACUGUGCCGAAUCGAAAGUAUCCAAGCUUCGAUGUGGAACAUUCGCACAGCCACUGGUUGCGAUCCAUCACGACUGAUCUACUGUUCAAGGCCAAGGGAGACAAUGCCCAAUCCUUCUUCCCUCUGCUUGCUCGGAUCCUUCGCGGACAGGAUCUGGCAAUCCCGAGGUUCAUCUUUCCCUACGCCGUUAUGAACGUCGUACUUGGCGGUACUAUGACAGAGAUCAAAGGUAUCACGGACGAGAUUUUGAGCGUUUUGAAAGCGGAACCACAAUCACAAUCCCAACAGGAAACUGUCCGGCUAUGCAGUGAGAAUGUAUUUGCGGUCUUGGACUACAUUUCAACCUGGCUGAGAGAAAAGCGGAAGAACCUCUCGGACACCCGGACAGCGGCAUACAAAACCGGCAUGUCUCCGAACGAGUUCGACGAGGACAAGGCCAUGGGUCAGAUUGAAACGAUUGAGAAUUUCCUGGCCUCUAUUCCUGCCAAGACUGUUGCCCAGCAAGCAGUCGAGUGCCGGUCCUAUUCUCGUGCGUUGUUCUACUKGGACCAGCACAUCCGGCAGAAGCGGAACGUCAUACCAGACAAGACGCUCACCACAGCAGACGAGGAUCUAUAUGCAACCCUACAAGACAUCUACAGUCAAAUCGACGAGCCCGAUGGACUUGAAGGCAUCGCUGCACACCUUCCAUUCGUGACCGAACUUCAACUUGCAAUUAAUCAUUCCARGGCCGGUCGUUGGACUGCGGCUCAGGCUUGGUUCGAGCUCAAGCUAGCAGAUCAGCCUGACAAUGCGCUAUUGCAGCACAACGUUUUGGAAUGCUUCCGUGAGACUGGACAAUACGCCUCGCUUCUGAGAUAUGCGAACGGUUUCUUGGACCUCAAUCACGAUGACGGCGAGAAAGCAGYGGGGGCAUCACAGAUUCUUCUACCUCUGGCAGCCGAGGCAUGCUGGAUGACCGGCACGAUGAAGACACUUGAGCCUCGUCUUCAGCUGGAUCGUAAAGUGGUCAAUCCAGACUUCAAUGUCAGCGUUGGGAGAUUGCUGCUUCAUGCUGCGAACCAAGCAGAGUCUUCCUUCCAACAAGAGCUUCACGCACUGCGCAAGUCAAUCACUGAUGGCCUGUCGAUGGCCGGAACGGAUUCGCUUCAAGCCUGUCACAACGAAGUCUUCAAGCUGCAUGUAUUGUAUGAGUUGGAUGCUUUGAUGAGUGUGAGCCCCGACCAAGUGUCUCAGCUGCUGAGAGCAUUGGACAAGCGGCUCAACGUCAUUGGCUCAUACGUGCAGGACAAACAGUACCUUCUUGGUAUUCGUCGUGCAGUCAUGGCCUUACGUGGUGAAGAAGUCUUUUCCCGCUCGCGAUAUGGAGCUCUUUGGCUCACGACAGCUCGGCUUGCAAGAAAAUCGAAGAAUACGAGCUGUGCCCACAAUGCCGUGCUGAAUGCUUCGGAUUGUGGGAACCACGGUGCGAAGCUAGAGGAAGCAAGACUCCUGUGGCACGAGGGUCACCAACGACAAGCAAUUCAAUCCCUGGAGGCUGCUUUAGACAACGAAAUCUUUGAUGCCGCAGAUCUKGACCCAGAAUUCAGUGUCGGAGGCAGCCUCAUCACAAGCCUGUCGUCUGAACCCAUCAAUGGCCACGCCCAGAAUGUGCUCACAGGUAAAGCUUUAUUACUUCUCGCAAAGUGGCUCGAUGCUUCUGGACAGAGCCAGACCAAGGAUAUGACUGAAAGAUACCAGUUGGCAUCCCGGCGUCAUCAGCGAUGGGAGAAGGGGCAUUACUACCUCGGCAAGCACUACAGCAAAUUGCUCGAUGCACAGAAAGCUCUGCCAAAGGAAAAGCGAACUCAAUCUUUCAUGACUGGAGAAUUAACGAAGCUGGUCGUCGACAACUCGCUCAGAUCGAUUCCAUUCGGUAACAAAUACUGGCACGAGACCAUUCCGAGGGUCAUCACCUUGUGGUUGGAGCUUGGGACAGAUGCUCUAGCCAGGGGUACACGAGAAGACCAGGCCAUAGCUGACAAGCGCGCAAAAUCAUUGGCGGCUUGCAACAAGCAGCUUCAGAAGUACUUCGAGAGGGUACCUCCGUACGUCUUUUAUCAUGCUCUGCCACAGCUCAUCUCUCGUAUCACGCAUCCACAUGCGGAGGUGUGGAAGCAGCUGUGCAACAUCCUCACCAGAAUUACCACCGCCCACCCCAGUCAGGCUCUGUGGAGUUUGCUCUCGGUUGUCAAGGCCACCGAUCGGGUGCGUGUGGAGCGCGGGAAUGAAGUCUUGAACAAAUUGAGGGAUCCAAAAAACAAGUCAAAGUCGGACGCAACGGCUGUUGAUUUGCGAACAUUGAUCAAUCAGGGUCAGCGAUUAUCAGAUGGCCUGCUUCAAGCUUGCGAGCAACCAGUGGAGGCGCGGGCGAUUCAUGUCAGCUUGAAGGGUCUCGGAUUCAACAUGAAGCUUGCUCCGAGCAGUCUUGUUGUGCCUGUUGAGGCUACGCUGACUGCUUCUGCGCCUCCCACGGCAUCUAGCGAAUCGAUCCGGAAACACAAGGCGUUCACCCAGGACAAGGUCACCAUUCAGUCGUUCUCUGACGAUGUACUCGUUCUUAACUCGCUGCAGCGGCCGAAGAAGAUUACACUCCGCGGGUCAGACGGCAAACAGUAUGGUUUACUUUGCAAACCGAAGGAUGAUCUUCGCAAAGAUCAGCGUUUGAUGGAAUUCAACGGCAUCAUCAAUCGAGCGCUGAAGAGGAACACCGAGAGCAGCAAGCGGCGUCUAUACAUCAAGACGUACGCUGUGACCCCGCUCAGCGAGGAGAGCGGCACUAUCGAGUGGGUGGAAGGCAUCAAACCUAUGCGCGACAUUCUUCUCAACCUCUACGCUCGCAAGGGCAUCCGGCCCAAUUACACCGAAAUCAAAAAGGACCUGGACGUCGCUUCCGCCAGUCCAGCAAACGCCCACGUCUUCGAAGAAAAGAUUCUCUCCCAAUUUCCCGCCUCACUGCAUGAAUGGUUCACCGAGACAUACCCCGAGCCAGAGAUUUGGUUCAAUGCCCGUGUACGUUAUGCCCGCACCGCAGCCGUGAUGUCCAUGACAGGGCAUAUCCUCGGCUUGGGCGAUCGUCACGGUGAGAACAUACUCCUCGAAGAAGGAACAGGUGGAGUCUUCCAUGUAGACUUCAAUUGUCUGUUCGACAAAGGUCUAACGUUUGAGAAACCCGAACUUGUUCCCUUCCGCCUGACGMACAACAUGGUCGAUGCUAUGGGCGCCUACGGCUACGAAGGGCCCUUCAGAAAGUCCUCCGAAUUGACUCUUGGCCUGCUGCGGCAAGAGAAGGAUACUCUCAUGACGGUCCUUGAGACCUUUCUCUACGAUCCCACAACGGAUUUUGUGGGCAACAAGAAGAAGCGAUCCACGGCUGGGGUGCCCGAGACUCCGGCUGAGAUUCUCGAGAGUGUGGCAACGAAGUUGAAGGGGCUGUUGAGAGGGGAAACGGUGCCGUUGAGUACGGAGGGGUAUGUUGAUGCUUUGAUCCAGGAGGCUACUAGUCAUUUUAGGCUUGCGAGCAUGUAUAUUGGGUGGUGCUCGUUUUUGUGA